AACAAAAGUAAAAAAAGAAAUAAGAAAAUAUCAAUCUUGAAACUUUAUAAAUCCCAAGAAAAUAGGUGAAGUAGUUUCAGAAACAAAGAUCCAAAGAGAAAAAUAUCUCAAAACACACAAAGGAAGAAGAAAGAAAGAAGAAGAAGAUGCCUUCAAGCACAUUCUCUGGAACUGUGAGCUCACCGAAGCUGUCAGUGGCAGUGGACAUGGGCAACCCUUUUCUCAACCUCACCGUUGAUGGUUUCCUCAAGAUCGGAGCUGUUGGAGUCACAAAAUCUCUUGUGGAAGACACUUACAAAGCCAUCGACAAAGGGAGUGUUUCCAAGAGCACUCUUGAGCAUGCGCUUAAGAAGAUGUGCAAAGAAGGUUUUUACUGGGGAUCUGUGGCUGGAGUUUAUGUUGGAACAGAGUAUGGAAUCGAACGUAUCCGUGGCACUAGAGAUUGGAAAAACGCAAUGCUGGCAGGCGCGGCGACAGGAGCAGUGAUCUCUGCGGCUACUAACAAAGGGAAAGACAAGGUCGUGAUCGAUGCCAUUAUGGGUGGCGCUCUUGCAACUGCGUCUCAGUUCCUUAACAAUCAUUAUUUCUACUGAGUUGUCAAUCUUCCUUUUAGGACCAAGAUUGGUUUGUUAUAUCCAAAUUUGGUCCUUAUGGUGUGGGUUUCUUUGUUUGUUUCCAAUAAAAAAGAUGUAUUACUUUUGAAUGAAUUGAAUUUGAGUAACAUGAACGUUAAGCAA